AAUGACUGGUCUAAUUGGACAUUAAAUUUUAAUUUAAGUAAAGAAAUUAAAGAAAUUGUUAAAAGAAAAUUGUCUAUUUAUUGAUUCUAUCUUACCUACAAUAGAUUAAGUAUCAUAAUAAUUGAAAAUUGAAAGAGACUUUUCUUUAAAAUUAAUUUAAUAACUUUGUAUAUAAUAAAAUAAUUAUUAUAGAAAACUGUAAGAAUCAGAUAUCUCCAUAAUAUUUAAGCAAAGAAAGAAAAUUAGAUCGUAAACCAUAAUUGGAUUAAUCAUAUAAAGUUUUUAAUGGAAUUCAAAAUAUAAUUAAACAAUUUUAAGAAUAAAAAAUGGACAUAAAUAUGAAUUAGAUUUAAUCUACAAUAAGAUUAGAUAAAUUUUGUGAAGAAGAUAAUUUAAAUAAACUUCAUGAAAUUCACAAUAAUAAAAUAUAAAAUUUAACAAUAUAAGUUGAAAAAAUAGAAAAAUAGACUUGGGUUAAAGAUAGAGGAACUAAAUGUAUAUAAUAAUCAGAAGAAACACUAAAUAAAAUAAAAGAACUUAAAAAAUUAAUCCAAUCUAAAAAAAUGAAUAAUAAUAAUUGA